CUCUCUCUCUGUCUCUUUCUUUCUCUCUUUUCUCAUUCCUACAUGGGAAUACCCUAACUGUCAUUUAUUCCCCUCCCUUAGCAAGCCUUUGGGCUCAUUUUACUGAGCCAUUGCAGUAGUUCCCUAAUUUGUCUCCCUGCAUCUAAGUCCUCUCUUUGAUUCAUCCUCAAGAGAGCUCCAAAAUUGAUAUUCCUAAAGUAUAAGGUAACCAUGUCUUGAGAAAACUUCAGUGGUUGUCUUUUACCUUUAGAAAAAAAUUCACAUGAUUUGUUUUGGUCUGUUGAAAGAAAAAUUCUUCAUUUGGACUUUCACUCUGAUUAAUGAGGCAAAACUCAGAACAGAGAGAAUUUAAAAGAUUUUAUUAUAAAUAAGUCAAGGCAGCAGCAUGUUGACUAAUUGAUCAUUGAGUAUUAGCAAUAGCUUCAAGAUGGGGUCAGGCUUUAUAGGUAACUUUAAGGCAAUUCAGAUAGUCCACUUCAGUAAGAGAAGCUGAACCCUUGCAUCUCAAUUCCUCCUCAAGGUUGACAAGAACAGGUGAUAAAGGUGACAAAAAGCAGGUAAUACAGAAGGCUACAGACUUGAUAUUAUAUCUUUCCCCACCAUGGCCUCCCCAAAUACUGCCUGAUAAGCAGGUCUAGGAAGAAUGGGAUUCUGAAUAAGCAUAAUUUUCAACAGUUCUUUUAAGUCUUCUACAUCUGACUUCAACCUAUCUUUCCAGACUUAUUUUACACUCUCAACGGAAUCAAUAUUCUAACCAGCUGAUUUUAUGACUGCUCCUAUCUCCUAUCUCUGUACUUUUGCCUGGAAUACUUUCACUCCCUACUUCCAAUAUUGGGACUCUUCGUCUUCCUUCAAAAUGUAACUCAAAAAUGCCCCUUCUGAUACCAGACCUUUCCUGAUUCUCCAUAGUUGUCCCUUAACUUCCAAAGACUAUAUAUUUACUUUGCAUGCAUCUGAUAUUGACUUAACUCUAUAAAUCCACAUAGAAUAAAAUGUAAGCUCCUUGAGGCAACAAUAAAUUCUUCUCAAUGGAUUAUAAGAUCCUUGAGGACAGAGACUAGUUUUGUUUAACUUUGUAUUCCCUAGUUCUCAUAACUGUGACUGGCACCCCAGUAGGUAUUUAAGGAAACCUUGAUAAGUUGUUGACUAGCUGGCAUUUUGAGAGGGAAAAGAUGACAGCUGGAGCACAGUCCUGGGAAGAGCAGGAAGGGGAUCGAGGGUAUAGGCAGAAAGAAUGAGACUGAUAUUUCUUCCCUUGUGGAACUUGAGGGUCAAAGUAGGAACGGUUACUGAGAAGUAUUAAGGAGGGCAGUUGAAGGAGAUCCUGUCACCUGGCCUUAGGUUUGUUUUUGUUUUUGUUUUUGGUCAAAAAAAGUCAAAACUUCUCUGUAUGUUUGUUUGGAAGCCCAGGCUUUAUUAUUAGAGUUCUUUUACCAUGUUACUUUAAUGCCUUGUAUGUUUCCCUAUAAUAUUUAAUAAUAAAACCCUUUAUACUCUCAAGUGUACUACUUUCAGGGAAUUUGAGGUAUAAAAAAAGAUUGAAUUUGGGGCUCCAGGUACAAAGUGGUGUCCCACUUCCACAUCCAAAAGAGUUGACCAGUAAGCUAAGGUCUAAGGCUUGCUAUUGGAGAAAAUAAAUGGGAGCUAUAGGAUCCAACAUGCCUUUCACAUUUCAAUGCUUUUUUUUUGGUGGGAUAGAAUAAUUUCUGGAUUUAGAAUCAGAGAAAAUGGAUUUCAAAUCCUACUUCUAGUGGUGCAAUGGAAAAAUUCUCUGGAGUCAGUAGAACACAGAGAUACAAAAUCAAAUUAUGCCCCCAAUGAUUAUUGCCUAUGAGGCAAUGGACAGGUCAUUUAAGCUCCUUGAGUCUAAAUUUUUCUUCAUAUGUGCAGAGGGAACUGAACUAGAUGGUCCCUGAGAUCCCUUAAUUCUAUGAUUCUACUUACUAAUUAUGUGUGAUCUUGAGCAAUAAUAAUGAUAGUAAUAACUAGCAUUUAUAGAGAAUUUUAAGGUUUGUAAACUCCUUGCAAAUAUCAUCUCAUUCUAGCCUCACAACAACUGUGGAGUAAGGCUUUGGGCUAUUACAAUUCCCAUUUUACAAAUCAGGAAACUGAGGCAAAAAGGGCAAAAAAUAAAAAAAAACCUGACCUACUUGGGGUCUCUAAUGAGUAGGAGUUGGUCAGAUAGAUCUUUCUUACUCCAGGUCUUGCAUUCCAUUUUGAUACCUACCUGCCCUUCUUUGUACCUCAGUUUUCCCAUCAGUAAAAAUGUAAAGGAUGAUUGCUAAGAUUCCUUCAAGCUCUAAAUUCUAAAUUAUGGACAUACUCAUUAUCUUUUAUUAGAUGAUGGCCCAGCUAUCAUUCUUAAUUUCUUUAAUCAUUUCACUGUUUACACAUUCUGAUGUGUCAUACAAGGGUAACAGGUAAUACCACAGAAUAUUCCAUGUGCAGUUAAAAAUAAUAUAUCUGAAUCACUCCCUUUGUUACCCUCUUUCAGUUCCCAUAUAGAGUUAUCCAAGGAGUCAAUUUUGCUUCGUUCAUGAAGUGACUUUACACAACAUUAGUUAACACUAGUGGCAUUUGUCACUACUAAUUGCUCAAGAGUUGAGAUCAGGUAAGCAAUCCUUGAGCUCAUCUGUCAAAAAAUGACCAUAGGACUGUCAAAGAAGAGAGUGUUCUCACUGCCCUGAAUGACUGUGAAUUAUGCCAGAAAUAUCAACAAAGUAAUUGAAAUGAUCACUGACUUUUAACAUGGAUGGGAAUUGAGUAGCAUAUAAUUCUGUUCUCUGGACAAUUUCAUUCAAUUUUAUUAUCAUUUGUUGAUUAACCAGUUUUGUUUGUUGUUAUUUUUAAUAGAUUUCAUGUUUUUAUUUAAAAUUGUCGCUGGGAUUUGCUUUCAUUCACAACAUUACCAUUCAAGAUUUGUUUUCAUUUUCUGUUAAUAUAUUUAGACUAGAAUAAGAAAGAAAGAGCAGGAUAGGGUUAUGGACCCUAGUCAGGAAGACCUGAGUUCAAAGCUGACUUCAAGAUACUUAAUGACCUGGGCAAGUCACUUAACCCUAUUUGUCUUACUCCACAGGAAAAGGAAAUGGUUAACCCUCUCUAGUAUCAUGGCCAAGAAAACUCCCUAGACAAUAUUGGUAUGCUAUUAUAGGGUCACAAAUAAUCAAACACAACUGAACAACCAUAAGAAAGCUGCUACUCAGAGAUGUGGAGGUAAAAAUCUAUUGAAGGUAAGUUAUCUCUUCCUUUUCCCAUGAUAACCAUCUAUUCCAUGAAAGGACCUUAGGUAGAGCUGAGAACAAGAGCUCUGUACCAGCUUUGUGGAGCUCAAAGAUGAAGCUCAAAGACACAUCUUAAACUACAGAUCAGUCAAUCUGAUAUAUUUGUCAUAUAAUUUACCAGUAAAAUAUGUUGAAAAAUUGGGAAGUAACAUGGAAAGAACUAGAAGACCUAAGAUCAAAGCUUAAUUGCUUUUGUGGCUUCAGGCAGGUCAUUUGAUGUGAAAAGUGAGAAGAAAAAUUCCUCUUUGAACACUGAACAGCACAAUUCCUAGUUUUUAGCUAAAGAACAAGAAAAUUCAGUAUAUCUAAUGCAAGUAAGGAAGGGAGAAGGGGAAAGAAGAAAAACAAGAAAUGUACAUGAUAAUUUUGUUGUGCAUUAUUUAUCGAUUUAUUAUGUUUUGGUUUUUAAUUUUUUUGGUUAUAUUUAAAAGAAAUAGCAUGUUGUAUGUAGAUUUGCAGUUUCAAGUACAAUUUUAAAAAUUGUACUAUGUUAUAGAAAUGCUUGUUUUAGACCAUAAAUUAAAAAUAACAUUUAAAUUUUUUCAUUUAAAAAAAAGUCAUAUGUCCCUCAGAGCCCAAGUAUAAUCACAUCCUUGGAAAAGGAGAAGGGGAACUUUAAAAAGGGAAACCAAAUAUUGAAUACACCCUAUUGACCCUAAGGCGUUUCCCUAAGCUCUUCCAUUGUUUCUUUUCAUGGCACUUAAGCAAAAUGAUUGAUCUGAUCAAUUAAGUAAAAAAAAAAAAAAAAAAAAACCCAAUUAGUUGUUUAUUUUUUUGUUUUUGUUGUCAAAUAAGUUAACUGACUAAAAUGUUCAUUGUUAAUCAGUUGUUUUGGUGUUAGUUGGAUGUGUGUAGUAUUCCAUUGUGGGGCUCAGAUUUGUAAAGAGGCAUUUUGGCAAAAGUACAAAAAGUCAUACAUAUAUGUACUCAAAAUCUAAAGGGAGAGCCUAGAAUACCAGCUCCCUACGUGGGGAAAAUUUUGGAUGCAACUUGCUAAGAGUCAUACAGAGGUCCAGCAAAACUAGCCAAUAUAGGGAAAGACCCUGGAACGUGAAAAGGCUGUUACAGGGAAGGCUUCCAACUGGGGAGAAGCAGGACUCAAUUAGAGAUUUUAAAUAAUUCUCCUUGUUAACUGUGAUGCUGAAGCAGUGAAAAUACUGUUAAACCAUGGCUAUAAUAAUUGUUUUAAUUGCCCAAUUCAAAAAUCAUUAUUUUAUUUUGCUCCUUCUAAAUUUUGGUACUCUAUGAAAGUAUCUUUCUAUUUUAGUUCCAAUCCUGGUAGAAGACUACUCAUCAGUAAAUAUGAAUAUCUGUACACAUAAGGCUGAAAAAUGGAAGUAGGGAUUUGGAAGAAGCAACUUUAAUAGCUUUGUAUCACACUGGGAUUGUUUAUUCUCUUGAUUUCUCAUUAUGCUUUUGGCAAAAAGCCAGUAUGGGAGAGACCAUUAAGGUUGUUCUUUUAGACACCUACUUUGGAAGGUAUAUCCUUCAGGUGGUAUUUAGGCACCCCACUCUCUGUCUGCCUACGCCUGGAUCCAGAGGGAAGAACAUUUUUGUGUGUGGGGGUGACAUUCUUGUUUCAAGGGAAUGGUUGAUGGUGUUAUUUUUGCUUCCCACAAAUGGGGAUGUUUAAAAUAGGGCUUUAUUCCAUCGGCAUAAGUGACACAUAGCCUAUGUAUAGUGGGGAAGUAAGGCCCUGGCAGAUGAAGAGAAUUUGAUCUCAACAAAAUACAAGGCUGUGGAUUUCUACAGAUCACAACCAGGGGAGCUGCUUCAGGGAUCGCCAGCAAAGAGCCCAAAUCUCCGACUGACCCAGCCUUCUUCCCAGACCACUGGAUGGACUGAAUGGAUGAAUCUCAAAUCCAGUGAGCUGGGGUUUGGCCUUUACUUCCGGAGGGUAUGCCAUUGGGUUGUGUUUCCUUUUUGAACCUCCCUCCAAGCAGCAUGGUACUGAUGAAGGGUAAACUUCAUUGCUCUUGAGUGUCUUUUGACUCGGUGCCCUGAAGCUCUGGAGGAAGGCCAGUGUAAUCUAAUCAGGGGACUGCAGCUGAGGCUAUAUUUAAUUAGGGGCUUAUUGUCUGGCCAUGGUUUCACAAAUUUGGAGACCUUUGGAAACUUUUGUUGGGAGGAUGGGGGUGGGUUGCCCAUUUCUGCCCUUAACCCCUUCCAAUUUCCCCAUUUCAAUGAAUAUAUUUGAAAAGUUUCACAAAACCUCACUUGCUGGCACAUCUUUGUCCUUUUCUGCUGGCUUUAAGAAGAUUUUAAAUGAGGUCUUCCAAAAAACAUUGAGAGGAGGGUUAGAGAGGGUGAUUCUGGGGUAUGUGAAAAAGGUUCCUUUCCCCUAUUAACAAUUUUAUUGCCAGAACCCAUCCUCUUCAAUUGCUCCUAAAAGGAAUAGGAUGGCUUUCCAAAAGAAACUUCAGUCACUUCUCAGCACAAGAAAAAUCUUGAAACUUUUCCAGAAUUUCUGUGCAUAUAGAAUGUGACUUUGAAGAGAUAUAAUGAAAAAUUAGGAGAGAGAAAGAGGAAAGAAUCCCAUUAAUUUGAGGCUUGGAAAGGUGAAAGAUGCGGGAAAGUUGAAGGAUAAUUUACUAUUUCCUUAGCCCAUCUAAAGUAAAGGUUAUAAUCUGUUCUGAUAAUUUUUUUUUGGGGGGGGAAGCAUACGAUUCCCCUCUAUCACACCUCUUCACUCCCAAACUUCUUUUAUCUCUCUUUCUCUGUCUCUCUUUUUGUCUCUCUCUGUCUCUGUCUCUCUCUUUUUAUCUCUCUUUCAAAAUUCUCCUGGAACCUCUCUUCUGCAUCCAGAAGUUUGGUUUCAGUAUGCCCCGGAGACUGGACACUAAAAAUAUUUCUGGAAUGACGUGAACCUCUCUCACCCCAUUCAGGACCUGGACAAGGCUCCACAAGAACCAACACAUGCUUUCCCUUCAUUUCUGGGUGUCUCCGAGUCGAGCUACAGAUGCUGCUCCUUCUGUUACCAAUGGCAUUCAGUCUCAUAACUGCAGACAGUGCCAAGGCAACAACUGUCCGGGAAAGCUCAGCUACAAGACCCUGGCAGCUAUCACGGCAGGAGCAGCAGCCCCCCCAGCACAGACCACUGCAGCCACCUCCGCCACCCCAUACGGGGGCCUUCCCAUCUCCCUUGGGUUGGCCCAGGCCCCGCCACAGGGGCUGAAGAAGUUGAAGCUGGUAUCAGUGGCAGAAGCGUCCCCAGCGUGGGGUUCAGUCCAGGCACGUGGGCCCCUUCUCCAAGCAACCCUUCGUCCCAGAGGGGGCCAGAGUAGGAUCCAAGAUACCUUCAGCUCUCACCGCUGUCUCCUCCUGUCACUGCGGCCUGAGGAAGGGAUCAGUAUGGAAGUGACUGCUCCUGACCUGGUGAAAGAGCCCAAACUGAGUGAGAUCGGGGAUGGGGAGGGCAGUAGAGGAGGCAGCCAAGACCUCAAGCAACAGCAGCAGCUGACACUUCCAAAGACACCGGGGGAAGCAAAAUAUGUGGAGAUCUGUGGCCCGGCUGGAGCAGCUAGAGAAAGCUCUGGGACUUUGAACUUCACUUUAGUGGGUGACAACCCCCAGAGCAGAGCUAGCAGCCCCCCGGAAGAGUCCACUGCCCCCACACCCCAGACUCCUACCUCCUCGGAUCUUGCUGGCUUCCAGCUCUCCUGCAGCCAUGGGAGUCCGGAGUCCUUUUCUUCUUUCUCCUCCUUCUCUGCCUCCUCCUCCCCAACGGACAAGGUAAGGGAAGCCUGCUCCCCCAACUUGGACGACACCACCACGUCCGUUGGUGGUCCAGCCACAUCGUCUUCUUCCUUGGGUUUCGAGAGUGAGAGCGGUGAGAGUAGUGACCGUGAGCCCAGCUGCCCUGAGGAUUACAACCCAGCCCACCCGCCCAGAGAGGGAGAAGGGGGAAAAGCAAGAGGAGGAGCAGGAAGAGGAGGACCAGCAGCAGGGUUCAGGGCCAAGCCUGCCAAGUCCCAGGGCUGCGGCCACCCCCCACCGAAUGAGGAGGCUCACUACAUCACCACCCAUGAGAUCCAGCUGAGUGAAGUCGAACAGGACACAGACUUUGACCUCGGAUUGGCCUCCCGCUGGGACUUCGAGGACAACAACGUGAUCUACUCGUUCGUUGACUACGCUUCCUUUGGUGGUAGUGAUGAGACCCCCGGGGACACCGCCACCCCGACCGAAGACAGCUGCUACCUGAGCACUGGCCCGAGCACCAGCGCCACCAGGUCUCCCACCCCCAUCAGCAGUGAGCCAGGGCACGCAUCCAUGGCCGGAGACGGCCGCGACACCAGCAGCACCGAAGUGGGCAGCACCCUCUCUGAAAGUGAUACCGAUACGGCUGCUGCUGCCACCCCCCCUUGUGAGCCCCCAGGCGAGCCCCAGAAGGCAGUUCCAGCAGCUCCAGCAGCAGCAGCCGCAGCAGCAGCAGCAGAAGCAGCAGCAGCAGCAGCAGCUACAAGCAGCUGUGGGAAUGCUCCAGGCCAGAUCCGCCUAUCAAUCAAACCAACUUCCCGGGCUAUAAAUGAGCCUAGCAACGUGCGGGCAAAGCAAAACAUUAUUCACGCUGCCAAGCAUGAAGGCGAAAUGAGCCUCCGAGUCUCUUCAGCUGCUGAACACAAUUCAAGUUUGCCCAAGCCGCACCCAGCUGCAGCAACAGCUCAAGACCAUGCAAAGAAAUUUAUCGCCGUACCUGCCCGCCUGCAGACCAGGUGUGGGGCCAUCCGGGCGAAGGAGCUGGUGGAUUACUCGAGUGGGGCUUCCAGUGCGGUCAGUGAGCUGGACGAUGCGGAUAAAGAGGUGCGUAACCUGACAUCCCGAGCCUUCCGGAGCCUAGCUUACCCUUACUUUGAGGCCCUUAACAUUAGCUCCAGAGCUUCCUCCACAGCCCUUUCCGACGUGGGCUUUGGCCGCUGGUCGACCUUCCUGGAUUUAAAAUGUGCGGGUCUGGGGGCCAGGGUGGAGCAGAGCCUGCUGAAGAACAGCGCUGCGUCCGUGGCUGCGGGGCUGCGGAAAGGGGCUGGGGUCAGGCCCUCUGCAGACCAACUCUAUAUCCAGUCCAAGAAGUCUCAGACCAAGGCCCUGGAGUUUGUGGUCAGCAAGGUGGAUGGGGAGAUCACCCACGUGGAGACACCCUUGUGCUUCCAGAAACAGGUCCAAAGCGGCUCCCGAGUAGUCACCCUUUUGGAGACACUAAAUUUACGCAGCGAGAGCAAAGCAAGUUCUGUUGCCGGGUCUGUGAAAAAAAGUGCCAACAAGGCCUCGGGGUCAGUUUACACAGAUGAUGGCUCGGAGACCUCGGAAAGCAGUAAGCCUUCCUCUAGGGCCGAAGGCACACAGAAAAAAUCCAAAUUUGCUUCCAGUCUUCUCAAAAAUGUCAUCUCUAAGAAGAUGCAGCGGGAGCAGGAAUUCAAAAUGGAAAGGGGGGAAGUCUCCGACACAUCUCACAAGAAACCCCCUGGCUCUUCCAGGGAGCCCGAGGACUCCUCAGGUUGGGAGAAGCCCCCUGAGAAGAGUCUGCAAAGACAGAGUUCCCACUACUCAGAGGCCAGUUCCGAGUACACAGUGGUCAGUGUCUCAGACGCCGGCGGGGACACUCCAGUCUCUGAAGACAAAUCUCCAGUUUUUCAAGCAAGUGCUCCCCGGGAAAGCAGUGCCGGAUCCAACAGAACCUUCACUGACCACCACUCAGAAGAGGUGUGUGGAAUUAAGAAGAGCGCCUCUGAAACUGUCAAGGGCAUCUUCCUUCGCAGCCAGAACAGUGCCUUCAGGUCCUGGAAGGAGAAGGAGGCUGAGAAACUGGAGGAGAAGGCCCCGAUCCGGAAACUGAAGCUCUCCAAAGGUGGGGACUGGAAGGCUGACCUUGGGGAGAUAUCUGCCAGCAAGUCAACAAUCAUGUCCCGACUCUUCGUCCCCAACAUCCAGCACACUCCCAAAGACAAGCAGCCCGGAAAACAGGCCACUAAAUAUCCGACAGCCCAGGCUGCGUCCACGGCUGUGAUCAAACCCAAAGUCCCUGAAAUCAAGAUCCGCCUGGGCAGCGUGCAGGAGCCCAGCGCUGACUUUAACAUAGCCAAGUUACUCACCCCGAAGCUGGCAGGUAGCAGCUCUUCAACCAUUUUCAAGACCAUCGAGGACAACAGCAGAGCGCAGCAGAAACUUUUCAGGGGCGACAGCUUGGAAAAGGUGCCCCAGUUCCAGGUGCGGGAUGUGAGGGACAAAUCCAAAACUCAAGGGCCACUCCACCAGGUGAGAGACGUCAGGAAAUUGAUCAAAGGAUCUGGGGAAAGCAGUGAUAAAGGAAGUGUGACCCCUGAACAGGCAACUUCGGGACCGAAACCCAGGCAGCUCUCUGCAGGUGGCGGCGCUCCUAAGUCCCUGUCCCCCAUGGUAAUCACGUGCCAAGCAGUAGCGAAUCCCAGAGAAGAAGGACUGGACCGAGAUCUAAGGGAUGGCAUGGGGAAAGCUUCCACUAGGACCCUUCCGUCUUCUUCUCCGGAAGGUACAGUCUUAGUUCACAGGGCAUCUGGCAGGUUACCUGUGGCCACCAUUGCUCCCAAUAAGACAGAACAGGGGUCCCACCUGCCUGUAUUAAAGAUUGUCUCCAAGACGUCUGCACAGAAAACACCAGAAAAACCUAAAGAAGAAGAGGCCAAGGAGGAAGUCAAAGUUCCAAAGCCCACGCGCAAUGCGCUGGAGAAGCUCACAGCAGCCGUGAGAUCAAUGGAGGAGCUGUAUAGCUUCAAUCGGUAUGAAUGGAAACGCAAGAGUGACCCCCUGCCCAUGAUGGCUGACAGUCACGUGCUGUCCCUCAUCGAGAGUGAAGAACGCGAAGGCAAUGGGGGGGAAGCAGGCAAGCCAGCCAAAAGAUUGGUCGAGGUAGAAGAACGAGGGCCAGGGGGGAAGAGCGGGGUGGUUAUGAGGGGGGUGGUCCCAGAACGCCUUCAGCGGAGAAACUCUAACCCCAACGCUGAGAGCGUGUCCGCCAGGGCUGCAGCCUUUGAGAACAUGGCUAGGGAAAGGCCCCGAUCUCUCUACAUUCCCCCCACCCACAAAGAUGUGGAGAGGACCCAACCUCUGCAGCCCUUACCUCCCUUACCUAGCCACCGGAAUACCUUCACAGUAGGUACCCAGAAAACAGCUGUAGUGGCAGGCGGGAUCGCAGGCAAGUUCCCUCAAGGCCCUGCCCAGGAAAGUUCUUCCUUGGCAAAGGGGAUCAAAUCCCAGGGACUUCGGUCCCUAAAGAUCUCUCCAGCCACUCGAGCACUGCCCACUGAAACCACUAGCAAGAAAAACGGCAUAGAUGGGGAGAAGGGCUUGGACUCAGCCGGCAGUGACAGUGGGAACUACCAGACCAGCCCUCUCAAAGGGAACGUGGGGAGUGCCGAGGUAUCUGGAAGAGCAGGAGCGAUGGCUUCCUCUGCUGCCACUCUGUGUAGCCUGCCACCCCUAAGUGCCCGCAGCCAGGUCCCCAACAAUGCCAAAGGGGCCCAGAGCAGUGGGGUCAGUCGACCCAGUUGGCGCAAUAAAACAGACAAUGCUCGGGACCCAGCCACCACAGCCCCAGCAGUACCCCAGAGUCCUGAUCACCCCCCCACGGCUGUCUAUCACCAGCAGUCACUGCCUUUCACCCUUCAUGGGGCCCAACCACAGGUGCUGUGCUUCUCCCCUCCCGGCAUCUCUGCCCCAGCCCCUGCAACAGCAGCUCCAGGCCCAGCAGACCCCUUCCAGCAGCCACAGCCUCAGCAGACCCAGCGAAAGAUGCUGCUAGACCUGACCACUGGCCAGUACUAUCUGGUAGACACACCGGUUCAACCCAUGACAAGGCGGCUAUUUGAUCCAGAGACUGGGCAGUAUGUAGAUGUUCCCAUGACCUCCCAGCAGCAGGCGAUGACUCCCAUGUCCAUCCCUGUUCCUCCUUUAGCUCUGAGCCCUGGUGCCUAUGGCCCCACCUAUAUGAUCUACCCUGGGUUCCUGCCCCCAAUGCUGCCCCCCAAUGCCCUGCCGCCAACAGCCCUCACUCAUCCUCCUGGAGGAAGCGAGCUCUCUUCCAUGACUAGAGAUCCCUCUGGCAAAGAAGCAGUAGCCCCCAGAGAUAUGGCUUUUGCCGAGACCCCAUACUUUAUUGCCAUGGGCCAGCCUCCCUCCUCUACUUCCUCCUCUGGCCCCACUGCAACCUCCCAGCUUGUGGGCGCUAAGGGGUUUGCCCAGGUGCAUGGCAAACCUGUCAUCAGCAUCACCUCACAACCCCUGGGGCCAAGGAUCAUCACGCCCCCAUCCUUUGAUGGUACCACCAUGAGCUUCGUGGUGGAACACAGAUGAUGAACACAUACAUUUAUGGGAAAACAAAUGGAAGCAGCUCUUGGAACAAGGUGGAAGGACUCUCCUCAUUUAAUCUGGAAAUCACCUUGCAGCAGCACUAAGAAUUCAUCUGUAAAACAGCUUCUAUCUUUUUUUUUCUUAUUUUUUGCUCCAUACAAACCAAGUGUGUAAGUUUCUUGUUUUCCAUGCAAUAUACAUCAUUGUAGUUUUACACAGCAAGUUGAAAUAACACUAUUUUUUUCUCUGUAAAA